CAAACCAGGAAACAAGCCGUCAUUUCUCAUCACUGAGACGAGAGAGACACUGAGAGACAGACGCUCAGAUUCAACUUCAGACCAAAGAGACUUUCCAGGCUCAGGGAGGGACUUCCUGAAGCUGCGUGCCUGCUGCGUCUUCAGCUUCACUCUCGGACUAAAUGGCGUCCAGACUGGAGGAAGAUCUGAGCUGUCCGGUCUGCCAUGAGAUCUUUAAAGAUCCGGUCAUCCUGUCCUGCCUCCACAGCUUCUGUAAAGACUGUCUGCAGAGCUGGUGGAGGGAGAAGGAGGACAAGGAGUGUCCACUUUGUAAGAGGAGACAUUCAAAGAAAGGACUACCUCCUAACUUUGCUUUAAAGAACCUGUGUGAGAGUUUCCUCCAGGAGAGAGGUCAGAGGUCUUCAGAGGAUCUCUGCAGUCUGCACUCUGAGAAACUCAAACUCUUCUGUCUGGACCAUCAGGAGCCAGUGUGUGUCAUCUGCAUCAACUCAAAGAAACACAGCGACCACAGAUUCAGACCGGUGGAUGAAGCUGCUCCACAACACAAGAAGAACCUUCAGGAAACUCUGGAGCCCUUAAAGGAGAAGUUAAAGGUUUGUGAAGGAGCUAAAGUGAAGUUUGAUCAAACUGCAGAACACAUUCAGGUCCAGGCCCGACACACAGAGAGGCAGAUUAAGGAGCAGUUUAAGAAGCUUCACCAGUUUCUAGAAGAGGAAGAGGAGGCCAGGCUGUCUGCACUGAGGGAGGAAGAGGAGCAGAAGAGUCAGAGGAUGAAGGAGCAGAUGGAGGCUCUGAGCAGAGAGAUAGCAGCUCUUUCAGACUCAGUCAGAGCCACAGAGGACCAGCUGAGAGCUGGAGACGUCUCAUUCCUGAAAAACUACAAGGCUGCAGUGGAAAGAGUCCAGCAGCGCCCCCUGCUGGAGGAUCCACUGCUGCCCCCAGGAGCUCUGAUAGACCAGGCCAAACACCUGGGCAACCUGAGCUUCAACAUCUGGAACAAGAUGAAGGACAUGGUCUCCUACAGUCCUGUGAUCCUGGACCCAAACACUGCUGGUCAAGGACUCAGCCUGUCUGAAGAUCUGACCUGUGUGAGACAAGCAGAGGGACAGGAAGUUCCUCAGAAUCCAGAGAGGAGGGGACUCAUCUCUGUCCACGGCUCUGAGAGCUUUAACUCAGGGACUCACAGCUGGGACGUCCAGGUUGGAGACAGUUCAGACUGGAGCCUGGGUGUGAAAUCAGGGUCUGUCCAGAAGCAGGGAUUUGAAGAGACUGGACUUUGGAGCAUAUGGUUCAAUGAUGGUGAAUACAGAACACUCUCCUCUUCACAUCCUGAGACUGUUCUCUCAGUGAAGAAGAAGCUCCAGAGGAUCAGAGUGAAUCUGGACUGGGACAGAGGACAGCUGUCGUUCUCUGAUCCUGACACUAACACACACAUACACACCUUCACACACACUUUCACUCACACACUGAUUCCAUUCAUUUACACUUUGGAUCAACUGAAGAUUUUACCAGUGAAGGUCUCUGUGAGUGUGGAACAGCAGAAAUAGAUGAUGAUGAUGAUGAUGAUGGUGAUGAUGAUGAUGAUGA